CUCCGAUUGCCGCCACCACCUAUGCGCCGGGCUGCUCAGGUGGCUGUCGCUUCGAUGUCCUAACCCAGGGGCCCCCGGGCCAGACUCGGCUGGGCUCCCUUCACCCUCCGCUGCAAUCAUGAGGGCGAUUGGGACUCUGCAGGUGCUGGGCUUCCUUCUCAGCCUGACCCGGGGUUCCGAGAUGGGCAACUCUCAGGCAGGGUGGCAGGUAACCGAGACCUGUAAGGCCCUUGCAAAGCAUAAGACGCAAGGUGUACAAGAGGGGACAUCUAGCUUACCUGACUGCCCCACCUCCAUUUUUACAGUGUGUCCUGGGACUCUGAAUGGGCUGAGUGUGACUGGCGAUGCCGAGAAUCAAUACCAGACGCUGUACAAGCUCUACGAGAGGUGUGAGGUGGUGAUGGGCAACCUGGAGAUUGUUCUCACAGGACACAAUGCUGACCUUUCCUUCCUGCAGUGGAUCCGAGAAGUGACAGGCUACGUCCUGGUGGCCAUGAAUGAAUUCUCCACGCUACCCUUGCCUAACCUCCGAGUGGUACGGGGAACCCAGGUCUACGACGGGAAGUUUGCCAUCUUUGUCAUGUUGAAUUACAACACCAACUCCAGCCACGCUCUCCGCCAGCUCCGCUUCAACCAGCUUACUGAGAUUCUGUCAGGGGGUGUCUAUAUUGAGAAGAAUGACAAACUUUGCCAUAUGGAUACAAUCGACUGGAGGGACAUCGUGAGGGUUCAGGGUGCUGACAUUGUGGUGAAGAACAAUGGUAGAAACUGUCCACCCUGUCAUGAGGUCUGCAAGGGGCGAUGCUGGGGGCCUGGCCCAGAAGACUGCCAGAUAUUGACCAAGACCAUCUGUGCCCCUCAGUGUAACGGACAUUGUUUUGGGCCCAACCCUAACCAGUGCUGCCAUGAUGAGUGUGCAGGAGGCUGCUCUGGGCCCCAGGACACAGAUUGCUUUGCCUGCCGACACUUCAACGACAGUGGAGCCUGUGUGCCCCGGUGUCCACAGCCUCUUGUGUACAACAAGCUAACAUUCCAGCUUGAACCCAACCCCCAUACUAAGUAUCAGUACGGAGGGGUCUGUGUGGCCAGCUGUCCCCAUAACUUUGUGGUGGAUCAGACAUCUUGUGUCAGGGCUUGCCCUCCUGACAAGAUGGAAGUAGAUAAAAAUGGACUCAAAAUCUGUGAGCCUUGUGGAGGGUUGUGCCCAAAAGCCUGUGAGGGGACAGGCUCUGGAAGCCGCUACCAGACUGUGGACUCCAGCAACAUUGAUGGGUUUGUGAACUGCACCAAGAUCCUGGGCAACCUUGACUUCCUCAUCACAGGCCUCAACGGAGACCCCUGGCACAAGAUCCCUGCGCUGGACCCAGAGAAGCUCAAUGUUUUCAGGACGGUCCGGGAGAUCACAGGGUACCUAAACAUCCAGUCCUGGCCUCCUCACAUGCACAACUUCAGUGUGUUUUCCAACCUGACAACCAUCGGGGGCAGAAGCCUCUACAACCGGGGCUUCUCCUUGUUGAUCAUGAAGAACCUGAAUGUCACAUCCCUGGGCCUCCGGUCCCUGAAGGAAAUUAGUGCUGGGCGUGUCUACAUAAGUGCCAAUCAGCAGCUCUGCUACCACCAUUCUCUGAACUGGACAAGACUGCUCCGGGGGCCUUCGGAUGACAGACUUGACAUCAAGUAUAAUCGGUCUCCGAGAGAAUGUGAGGCAGAGGGUAAAGUGUGUGACCCACUGUGCUCCUCCGGGGGAUGCUGGGGCCCAGGCCCUGGCCAGUGCUUGUCUUGUCGAAACUACAGCCGGGAAGGUGUCUGUGUGACUCACUGCAACUUCCUGAAAGGGGAGCCUCGGGAGUUUGCUCAUGAGGGUGAAUGUUUCUCCUGCCACCCAGAAUGCCUUCCCAUGGAGGGCACCAGCACGUGCAAUGGCUCGGGCUCUGAGGCUUGUGCUCAAUGUACCCAUUUCCGUGAUGGGCCCCACUGUGUCAACAGCUGCCCCCAUGGAAUCCUAGGUGCCAAGGGUCCAAUCUACAAGUACCCAGAUGCUCAGAAUGAAUGUCGGCCCUGCCAUGAGAACUGCACUCAGGGGUGUAAGGGACCAGAACUACAAGACUGUUUAGGCCAAACAGAGGCAUUAAUGAGCAAAACCCAUCUGGCAAUGGCUGGGAUGGUCGGACUGCCCGUGGCUCUUCUGAUUCUGGGAGUCGUUUUUCUCUAUUGGCGUGGACGUAGGAUUCAGAAUAAAAGAGCGAUGAGGCGCUACUUGGAACGGGGUGAGAGCAUCGAGCCUCUGGACCCCAGCGAGAAGGCAAACAAAGUCUUGGCUAGAAUCUUCAAAGAGACAGAGCUGAGGAAGCUUAAAGUGCUGGGCUCUGGUGUCUUUGGAACUGUCCACAAGGGGGUUUGGAUCCCUGAGGGAGAAUCCAUCAAGAUUCCAGUCUGCAUUAAAGUCAUCGAGGACAAGAGUGGGCGGCAGAGUUUUCAAUCUGUGACUGAUCAUAUGCUGGCCAUUGGUAGCCUAGACCAUGCCCACAUUGUGCGUCUCCUGGGACUAUGCCCAGGAUCGGCUCUGCAGCUUGUCACUCAGUACUUGCCUCUGGGCUCCCUCCUUGAUUAUGUGAGGCAGCACCGUGGAGCACUGGGGCCACAGCUGCUGCUCAACUGGGGAGUACAAAUUGCCAAGGGUAUGUAUUACCUCGAGGAACACAGCAUGGUGCACAGGGACCUCGCUCUCCGCAAUGUGCUGCUCAAGUCACCCAGUCAGGUGCAGGUGGCAGAUUUCGGUGUGGCUGACCUUUUGCCACCAGAAGACAAGCAGUUACUACACAGCGAGGCCAAGACUCCAAUUAAGUGGAUGGCCCUUGAAUGUAUCCACUUUGGGAAAUACACACACCAGAGUGAUGUCUGGAGUUACGGUGUUACAGUUUGGGAGUUGAUGACUUUCGGGGCAGAGCCCUAUGCGGGGCUGAGACUGGCUGAGAUACCAGACCUGCUAGAGAAGGGAGAGCGGUUAGCACAGCCCCAGAUCUGCACCAUUGAUGUCUACAUGGUCAUGGUCAAGUGUUGGAUGAUUGAUGAGAAUAUCCGCCCGACCUUUAAAGAACUAGCCAAUGAGUUCACCAGGAUGGCCCGUGACCCACCUCGGUAUCUGGUCAUAAAGAGGGAGAGUGGGCCUGGAAUGCCUCCUGGGGCAGAACCCUCUGCCCUGACAAACAAAGAGCUGGAAGAAGUAGAGCUGGAGCCUGAGCUGGACCUGGACCUGGAUCUGGAGGCCGAGGAGGACAACCUGGCGACCACACUGGGCUCUGCCCUCAGCUUACCGCUGGGAACGCUCACCCGGCCUCGUGGGAGCCAGAGUCUUUUAAGCCCCUCCUCUGGGUACAUGCCCAUGAACCAGAGUAAUCUCGGGCAGGCUUGUCUGGAUUCUGCAGUUCUGGGGGGUAGCGAACAGUGCCCCCGUCCCAUCUCUCUGCAUCCAAUUCCACGGGGACGUCUGGCCUCAGAGUCAUCAGAGGGCCAUGUGACAGGCUCUGAGGCUGAAUUCCAAGAGAAAGUGUCGGUGUGUAGAAGCCGGAGCCGGAGCCGGAGCCCUCGGCCACGUGGAGACAGCGCCUACCAUUCACAGCGACACAGCCUGCUUACCCCUGUCACCCCGCUCUCUCCACCAGGAUUAGAGGAAGAGGAUGUCAAUGGCUAUGUCAUGCCAGAUACACACCUCAAAGGUACAUCCUCCUCCCGGGAAGGUACUCUUUCUUCUUCGGUAGGUCUCAGCUCUGUGCUGGGUACUGAAGAAGAAGAUGAGGACGAGGAGUAUGAAUACAUGAACCGGAAGAGAAGGAGCAGCCCACCUCGGCCCCCUAGGCCUGGUUCCCUUGAAGAGCUGGGUUACGAGUACAUGGAUGUGGCCUCAGACCUCAGUGCUUCUCUGGGCAGCACGCAGAGUUGCCCACUCCAUCCUGUGGCCAUCGUGCCCUCUGCUGGCACAACUCCAGAUGAGGACUAUGAAUAUAUGAACCGCAGGCGCGGUGUAGGUGGUGGCGGGGGCGAUUAUGCGGCCAUGGGGGCCUGCCCUGCAGCUGAACAAGGGUAUGAAGAGAUGAGAGCUUUCCAGGGGCCUGGACAUCAUGCCCCCCAUGUUCGAUAUGCCCGCCUCAAAACUCUGCGUAGUUUAGAAGCCACCGACUCUGCCUUUGACAACCCUGAUUACUGGCAUAGCAGGCUUUUUCCCAAGGCGAAUGCCCAGAGAACUUAACCUCUGCUCCUUGAGACUCUCGGGGAGCAUUUGUUGGCAGCUAGUGCCUCUUGAGGGUACCCCUUCCUCACCCCUCUCCCUCAAGUCCCAUUUCUCCAGUCCUAGACAAUGCCGUCCAGUCUUUGGAGACUUGUAAACAUAUCCUCACAAAAUUUUUGUGGUAUAUAGCCAGAUGUGCACUUUCUUCUCUUACUCCAACCCCAGGAGAAGAGAAGGUUUUCCUAUUUGUCUACUUUCCCAGUCCCAUCCCUCGGCUUCCUCAGGGAGACUCCCUGGAGAGAUGAAGGAUUACUCUCUAAGCCCCUUUCUCUCAGGCUCUUACUUGUUAGGAUUGGACUUGGCCUUCGUUUCCCAUCAGACUGUCCUAAGGAAGAAGAGAUUUAGCAGAGCUGGAGGAAGAAAGUAAACUUUUGGCUCAUGAGACUUUUUUUUUUUUUUUGAGACAGGGUUUCUCUGUGUAUCUUUGGAGCCUGUCCUGGCACUUGUUCUGGAGACCAGGCUGGCCUCGAACUCACAGAGAUCUGCCUGCCGCUGUCUCCCAAGUGCUGGGAUUAAAGGCGUGUGCCACUAAAGCCGGCGCUCAUGAGACUCUUAAUCCCAUGGAGAGACUGAGAAGCUUAAAACAUGUGGAGUAAAGAAAGUUAGGUGUAGAUACCAAUAACUAUGAAUUGAACAUUUACUAUGAGCCAGGCAUCAUCAAACUGAACUCUGCCUGCAUUAUCUCAAUUACAGUCUCCACAGCUUUGUGAGGUAGAGCUCAUCACAUUUCACCAAUGCAAGAGUCCCCCUGAGUGUUCCAAGAUAGCCAAUACGUCCCUGAGUCUGUGGAUAGUACUGAAUCCUGUAGUGUUUGUUUGGUUUUUGUUUUUUUUUUUCGAGACAGGGUUUCUCUGUGUUGUCCUGGCUGACCUGGAACUUGAUCUGUAGACCAGGCUGGCCUUGAGUUCAGAGAUCCCCUCUGCCUCUGCUUCCUGAAUGCUGGGACUAAAGACGUGCAUCACUAUCACCUAGCCUAUAGGUUUUUUUUUUUUUAAUAUUUUAGUUGGUUUACAAAACUGAAUGUUAUAGCUUAGUGCCUUUUCCGUCUUACCUAAGAACUUAUCAUCCAUUACGGCCGUCAUUUUUUUAGUUUGAAGUGCCACAGCAAAAGUAGUAUUUGUCUAUCUUCAUAAUUUCAUGGAUUUGUUAUUAUAGAUCUUACCAUAUGACCCCCCCCCCAUAUGAAGUCAAGAACUUUGACCUUUUUUCAAACAAAUACUUCUCGGAAUUGCCAGCAUCACUACUCUUGCAUUCUAGGCCCAUUUGUAGGUAAAAUAAGGGUAUUUGAACACAAGUACUGUGAUGUCACUGUUGGUCAGUCUAAUAACAGGUGGGUCGUGAAGUGACUAAGGGUAUUUGGUAUGGAUGCACUAGGCAAAGAGAGGAUUCGUCUACCAGGUGGGACAGAAAAGGAUGGUUGUAGUUUCAUCAUGCUAUUCAGAAUGGUGUGCAAUUUAAACUUGAGGGACUAUUUAUUUCAGGAACUUGUCAUUCAAUAUUUCAGAUUGUAGUUGAUCGUGGGUUAUUAAAACUGUGGACAGCAAAACCUCAGAUAGGGGACUGAGCCAUGAAGAAAUUAAGCAGCAGGUCUAGGAUUCAAAAUCUUCCCAAUUCUAAUGCCUGUACUUUUUACUAUAAGGUAUCAAGGAGUACCUGUGUCAAGCCCUUGUAAGGUGUGUGUGUGUGUGUGUGUGUGUGUGUGUGUGUGUGUGUGUGUGAGAGAGACAGAGACAGAGACAGAGACAGAGAUAGAAACAGGGUCUCACUCUGCAGAGUGACCUGGAACUAUGUAGCCCAGGAGGAUGGCCUUGAACUCAACUCACAGCAAUCCUGUCUCAGCCUCCCAAGUUGUGAACUGCCAGACUCCUUGUUUGUGCACAGAAUCAAGCAAACGCCAAAGGGCCACAUUUUCCUCCAGCACACAGGCUUCUCAUCUCAGGAAGGAGUGAAGACAACACAGAAGGACAAAUAACUGGACAUUUUCAUAGCCCACAUAUGUUGUGGAUAAUAUACACUCCUUACAGUCAAUUCACAAAGGUUCCAAGACUCAUUUUAGGAAUUAUUCUUAACCAGUAAUGAGAAACUUCUUGUGGGAUAGAAAGAGGAUCCAUCUUCAGACCUCAGUCUUCCUGGAUGGGAACUGAGGGAAAAUGUCUUCUUGUACCAUUAAAGUUUUUUUGUUUUGUUUUUAUACAUGUCUGAAUAAAGAUGCCAAGUUUCUUUUGGAUUUUUAUCAACUGAAGAGUGCAUUGAGACCAUCCCUUUUCUUUGCUUCUUAGCAAUCAGUAGCUUCCUCUGCUCCUGACAUUCCCAAUUUUUUAUUUAAAUG